CGACCUGUGUGCGCGCGCAGCCGGCGACCUAACGGAGAGGCCGUUAGCACGAUGAAUAGUUUACAGAGAGCAGCUUAAAGUUUGUCCAGAAGUCUCCAGAAUGGAGCUUAACAACAGUGAAGGUGGAUCUUUUGAAUCGGAGAUGCAGACUGACAGUGAUAUGUUCAGCUGUGUGUCUAUGAAGAGUGACCGAUCCAUUGGAAACCCUCCCAAUUUCAGUGGAGAGAGAGGAGAACCCAGCUGUGUGUCUAUGAAGAGUGACCGGUCCAUUGGAAACCCUCCAAACUUCAGUGGAGAGAGAGGAGAACCCAGCUGUGUGUCUAUGAAGAGUGACCAGUCCAUUGGAAACCCUCCAAACUUCAGUGGAGAGAGAGGAGAACCCAGCUGUGUGUCUAUGAAUAGUGACCGGUCCAUUGGGAACCCUCCAAAUUUCAGUGGAGAGAGAGGAGAACCCAGCUGUGUGUCUAUGAAGAGUGACCGGUCCAUUGGGAACCCUCCAAAUUUCAGUGGAGAGAGAGGAGAACCCAGCUGUGUGUCUAUGAAGAGUGACCGGUCCAUUGGAAACCCUCCAAAUUUCAGUGGAGAGAGAGGAGAACCCAGCUGUGUGUCUAUGAAGAGUGACCGGUCCAUUGGAAACCCUCCAAACUUCAGUGGAGAGAGAGGAGAACCCAGCUGUGUGUCUAUGAAGAGUGACCGGUCCAUUGGGAACCCUCCAAAUUUCAGUGGAGAGAGAGGAGAACCCAGCUGUGUGUCUAUGAAGAGUGACCGGUCCAUUGGGAACCCUCCAAACUUCAGUGGAAAGAGAGGAGAACCCAGCUGUGUGUCUAUGAAGAGUGACCGGUCCAUUGGGAACCCUCCAAAUUUCAGUGGAAAGAGAGGAGAACCCAGCUGUGUGUCUAUGAAGAGUGACCGGUCCAUUGGGAACCCUCCAAACUUCAGUGGAGAGAGAGGAGAACCCAGCUGUGUGUCUAUGAAGAGUGACCGGUCCAUUGGGAACCCUCCAAACUUCAGUGGAGAGAGAGGAGAACCCAGCUGUGUGUCUAUGAAGAGUGACCGGUCCAUUGGGAACCCUCCAAAUUUCAGUGGAGAGAGAGGAGAACCCAGCUGUGUGUCUAUGAAGAGUGACCGGUCCAUUGGGAACCCUCCAAAUUUCAGUGGAGAGAGAGGAGAACCCAGCUGUGUGUCUAUGAAGAGUGACCGGUCCAUUGGAAACCCUCCAAAUUUCAGUGGAGAGAGAGGAGAACCCAGCUGUGUGUCUAUGAAGAGUGACCGGUCCAUUGGGAACUCUCCAAAUUUCAGUGGAGAGAGAGGAGAACCCAGCUGUGUGUCUAUGAAGAGUGACCGGUCCAUUGGAAACCCUCCAAAUUUCAGUGGAGAGAGAGGAGAACCCAGCUGUGUGUCUAUGAAGAGUGACCGGUCCAUUGGAAACCCUCCAAACUUCAGUGGAGAGAGAGGAGAACCCAGCUGUGUGUCCAUGAAGAGUGACCGGUCCAUUGGGAACCCUCCAAACUUCAGUGGAAAGAGAGGAGAACCCAGCUGUGUGUCCAUGAAGAGUGACCGGUCCAUUGGGAACCCUCCAAAUUUCAGUGGAGAGAGAGGAGAACCCAGCUGUGUGUCUAUGAAGAGUGACCGGUCCAUUGGGAACCCUCCAAAUUUUAGCAGGGAAGCUGUUUCUUCUGAACCAGGGCAGAAGGUUGAAGAUGAGCAGCAGGAUUACUACCAACCAGUGGGUAAUGUUCUAAACAGAUUCUCAGAAAGACACAAAAAAAGCAUGAAGAACAAGUACGAGAACCUGUUUGAGGGACUUAAAAACCAAGAAAAUAAGACUCUCCUACACAAGAUUUACACACAGCUCUACAUCAUAGAGGGAGAGAGUGAACAAGUAAAUGAAGAACAUGAGGUUUUGGAGAUGGAGAAAUCACCAAGAAAACACCUACAAGACACCCCAAUUCAUUACUUGGAUAUAUUUAAACCUCUGCAAGGUCCAAAAAGAGAAACAGAAGAACAAAUUACUGGUGCUAAAAGUCUCACACAUGAAGCCCAACAAGAAAGACCAGUAGAGGGAGGAUCAAACAUUCUGAAGAUCAGAAGUGUGCUGACUAAAGGCAUUGCUGGCAUUGGAAAAACUGUCUCUGUACAGAAGUUCAUUCUGGACUGGGCUGAGGGAAGAGCCAAUCAGGAUGUAGAUUUGAUGUUUAUGCUGCCGUUUCGGGAGCUGAACUUGAUUAAAGAUGAUCAGUACAGCCUUCAUGGGCUUCUCUGUGCGUUCCAUCCUGAACUUAAAGAUCUGGACCCAAAGAUCUAUGAGGCGUGCAAAGCUGUGUUCAUAUUCGAUGGCCUGGAUGAAAGCAGAAUUUCACUGAACUUCUCAGACUGUGAGAAAGUGUCUGACAUAACCAUGACAUCAUCCGUGGCUGUGUUGAUGACAAAUCUCAUCCAAGGAGUCCUACUUCCUUCUGCUCAAACCUGGAUUACCUCCAGACCAGCAGCAGCCAGUAAAAUACCUCCUCAGUACAUUAGUCGUGUGACAGAAAUCCAGGGAUUCAACGACCCCCAGAAGGAGGAGUAUUUUAGAAAGAGAAUCAGUGACCAAGAAGAAGCCAAGAAAAUCAUCUCACACAUUAAGACAGUAAGGAGCCUCCACAUCAUGUGCCACAUUCCCGUCUUCUGCUGGAUCUCAGCCACAGUGCUUCAGCAAAUGAUCAGACAGUGUAACACAGAAAUUCCUAAAACUCUGACCGAAAUGUACCUACACUUCCUGCUCACUCAGAUCAGCAUGAAGAAUGUCAAGUAUGAGGAGGAACAUGAGAGAGACCCAAAGGAACUGCUGGAGUCCAACAGACCCAUGCUUCUGAAACUGGCUGAACUGGCCUUUAAGCAGCUAAUAGAUGGCAAUUUGAUGUUCUAUGAAGAAGACCUUCAACAGUGCGACAUUGACAUAACCAAUGCCUCGGUGUAUUCUGGGGUUGUAACUGAGAUCUUUAGGGAGGAAUGUGUACUUGGCCAGAAGAAGGUAUACUGCUUUGUUCAUCUGAGCUUUCAGGAGUUCCUGGCUGCUGUCUAUGUAAUUUACUGCUAUGAGAGCAAGAACAUGGAGGUGUUGCAGCUUUUAAAUCCUGAGUCUAGAAAGUGGUCUGACACUAUUUCCCUGGAUCAGCUGCUGAAGGGAGCGGUGACCAAAGCCUUAAAGUGUGAAAAUGGACGUCUGGAUCUUUUCCUCCGUUUCCUGUUGGGUAUCUCACUGGAGACCAAUCAGAGACUUCUACAGGGUCUACUAACCCACAGACAGAGAAGCACACAGAGAACCACAGAGUACAUCAAGAAACUAAUCAAAGGAGAUGAAAAUGAUCGAUCUUAUAUCAUAAUGGACCGAUCUCUUUGUACAGAGAGAUCCAGCAGUCUUUUGUUCUGUCUGUCUGAAAUGAAUGAUCAGUCUCUCUCCAUAGAGCUUCAGGAUUAUCUAAAAUCUCAGGACUAUCCAUAUAGAAAGCUCUCUCCUGGACAGUGUUCAGCACUGGCAUACAUGCUUCUGAUGUCAGAAGAGGUUGUGGAUGAGUUGCACCCAAAGAAAUACUACACAUCUGCGGAGGGUUAUAGGAGGUUUAUCUUGGCUGUGUCUUCCUGCAGAAAGGCUAUACUCUCUGGCUGUAAUCUCACUAAAGACUCCUGCGAGAAACUAUCAUCAGUCCUCCAAUCGUCAGACUCAUGUCUGAAACAGCUGGACAUCAGUUACAAUGACCUGCAGGAUUCAGGAGUGGAGCUCCUUUCUCUGGGACUGAAGAGUUCACAGUGUAACCUGGAGAUGCUCAGUUUAGCCUGCUGUAAUCUCACCGAAGACUCAUGUAAGAACCUGUCCUCAGCUCUACAGUCAGUAAACUCCUGUCUGAAGGAGCUGGACCUCAGUAACAAUGAGCUGCAGGAUUCAGGAGUAAUGCUGCUCUCUGCUGGACUGGAGAGUUCGCAUUGUAAACUGGAGAUACUGAGACUAGCUUUCUGUAGUCUAGGGGGGAAAACCUGUGAAAUUCUGGGAUCAGUCCUACAGUCAGAAAAAAACAGUUUGAAAGAGCUGGAUCUCAGUAACAAUGACCUGUAUGAUUCAGGAGUGAGGCUGCUCUCUGCUGGACUGGAGAGUUCACUCUGUAAACUGGAGAUACUCAGGUUGUCUGGUUGUAUGGUUGUUGGUGAAAGCUGCUCUCUGGCUUCAGCUCUGAAAUCAAACCCUUCCCACCUGAGAGAACUGGAUCUGACGUAUAAUGCGCUAGAAGAAUCCAUAGUGGAGAUUCUCUCUCAUUUGGUAGAGAAUCCAAACAGCAACCUAGAAAAACUGCAGGUGGAGCAUGGAGACAAGAUCAGGAUGAAACCAGGACUUAAGAAAUACACCUGUAAUCUCACUCUGGACCCAAACACAGUGAACAGCUUUCUGUCUCUCUCUGAGGAGAACAGAAAAGUGACUAGUGUGAAGAAACCUCAGCGGCAUCCAGAUCACCCGGACAGGUUUGAGAACUGUCCACAGGUUCUGUGUAAACAGCCUCUGACUGGACGCUGUUACUGGGAGGCUGAGCAAAGUGGAGAUGUUCAAGUAGCUGUGUCAUACAGUGGGAACGAACGAAGCGGUCCCCGAGAGUUCUGCAUGUUUGGAUUUACUAAUCAGUCUUGGAGUCUGGUGGUCCAUAACAAUGAAUCCUAUAUCAGACACGGUAUGAAUAACACUGAGAUACCUGCUCGUCCCUCAAGCAGAGUAGGAGUGUAUCUGGACUGGCCAGCCGGCACUCUGUCCUUCUACAACAUCUCACCCAACACACACACAUUAACUCACUUCUACACCCUCCACACCACUUUCACUGAGCCCCUCUAUGCUGGGUUCUGGCUUGAUGAUAAAUCCUCUGUAAGAGUGGGUGAGAUAGAAUAACGUAUUACACUGAGCUUUGGACUGGAGAUAACUCCUCAGAGAGGGUGAGGAGAUACUGAUCAGCAGUGGUGCUACAAAAGCGCAGCCAGUUUUUCUUUAUCAGAAGAGUAAACAGAAUAAAACAGUCUGUAUGUAGUGGCCUUUGUGUUGAGGGUUGGGGAGUAACUGAGUACAAGUAAUAAGAAUCUGUAUUCCGAACCCUGAAUUUAAGUGUCUGUAUACAGUCGUAGUUACAUGUAAUUCUAACAGUAUUAAGAACACAUUUAUAGCAGAAUUAUUUUAUAUAUUAUUUUAUAAUACACUACAGUAAAUAAAACAUUUAGGAUAAACCUCAUCAGUACUUAUUAUAUUAAUUUAAAAUGUCUGUAGCUAACAGUCUCUGUUACAACACUGUACUGAAUCUGAUCAAUAUAGUUAUUAUCUUCUUUACUAUUGUUAACCACUGACCCUCUUCCCAGCUCUGUUAAUCUUGCAUGUUAUCUUUUCAUGAUGCAUCAGCACUAUAUUAAAUGUAUUGAAACAGAACAAUGAAAUAAAAUUACUUUGGUAACUGAA